AAAUAAAUCAAUUCGGGUGGGUACAUUUAAUUGUUAUAAAUUGUUAUAAAUUGGUAAAUGGAAAACAAAGCCGCAAACUGUGGGAACAAAACAACAUUUCACAUCUGGAGCCGUAAACAAAAAGUGAUGAACGAACUAGAAACGAAGAUAGAUAAAAUAGAGGGAGAAGAGUCAGUAGAGCAGUCUACGAUGGCCGCCUCCGCCAUUGACGGCGUCGCCGCGACGGCGCUCCGCUCGGUCUUCCAACGAGUCCAACAAGCCGCCCAGAGGUCCGGCCGUCCCUCCGACCAGAUUAGAGUCGUCGCUGUUAGCAAAACCAAACCGGUCUCUCUCAUCCGCCAAGUCUACGACGUUGGGCACCGCUAUUUCGGAGAGAAUUACGUUCAAGAGAUCAUCGAGAAAGCCCCUCAGCUUCCGGACGAUAUCGAAUGGCAUUUUAUUGGGAAUUUGCAGAGCAAUAAAGUAAAGCCUCUUCUGACUGGUGUGCCGAACCUAGCCAUGGUGGAGACUGUAGAUGAUGAGAAGAUCGCAAAUCAUCUUGAGCGUGCAGUCGCAAACAUUGGAAGAAAACCUUUAAAGGUUUUGGUCCAAGUAAAUACCAGUGGAGAAGAAUCAAAAUCUGGAGUUGAUCCGUCUGGGUGUGUGGAACUUGUGAAGCAUGUUAGUUUAGGCUGCCCAAACCUUCAGUUUUGUGGCCUAAUGACAAUAGGGAUGCUGGAUUAUACUUCAACUCCAGAAAACUUCAAGACAUUAGCAAACUGUAGAAGCGAGGUUUGCAAGGCACUUGGAAUAGCAGAAGAGCAAUGCGAGCUAUCAAUGGGUAUGUCUGGUGACUUCGAGUUAGCUAUUGAAAUGGGCAGUACUAAUGUAAGAAUUGGAUCUACUAUUUUUGGAGCGAGGGAGUAUCCGAAGAAGCAAUCCAACUAGCAGACUCAAAUGUCGGCUGAAGAAUCAACACAGUGAUCCUUCAAAUUUCUUCACCGAGUUUAUUGUAGGAAGGCCCACUCAGAUUUUAUGCCGUUUGAUAGUUGGAUCUCAGUCAAUCUGUUUACAUAGCUUAUCAGCAUGAUUAAUCCCUAUUCGACAUUGUUCAAUAGAUCUCUAUGGAUCUACACAUUUCAUCUGAGUCGUUUCAUUAAGGCGAUUUUGUAAACUACAGAUAUUUAUAUUGAGAUAUGUGAGCAGAUGUGUUUGCGAAUGUCA